GUAUCAAGUUGAGUAAUAUCACCAUGCUUUUCCAUUUUGAUCUCAAAAAAUUUCAAGAAAAGGUGUCUACUCAGCUCCGACCUUGGCAACGGUCUUUUCAGUUCUGGGUUCGCGCUGCUGAUAUUUAUACUGGUUAUAAAGUAUUUCAGGUAAUAGCAAGUCUGGAGAAGGAUGUGAAGAAACAGGAGGUGAUGUGGGAGAAGCAGCACGAGGUUGCUGCUGACAAGAUAUAUAGCAUGUGUUCUGAGCUUGGUGGGUUUUUCCUAAAGGUUGCCCAAAUAGUUGGGAAGCCAGACUUGGCGCCCGCUCCAUGGGUCAAAAGGCUUGUUACUCUAUGUGAUCAAGCACCAGCUACACCAUACAAUGUGAUUAGGGUAGUGCUUGAGAAGGAGUUGGGUCAAAGUAUUGAUGAAUUGUUUGAAUAUUUUGACAAGGAUCCACUAGGCUCUGCUUCAAUUGCUCAGGUUCAUCGAGCAAGACUCAAAGGUGACAAGAAUGAUGUUGUCGUCAAGGUCCAACAUCCUGGAGUUCAGGAAUUGAUGAUGACUGAUAUCCGCAACUUGCAAGCCUUUGCGUUAUAUAUUCAAAAGACAGAUGUCAAGUUUGAUCUGUUCUCCGUUACCAAGGAAAUGGAGAAACAGAUUAGCUACGAAUUCGACUUUGUGAGGGAAGCUGAAGCUAUGGCAAGAAUUCAGCAUUUCCUUUGCCAGAACAACAAAAAGUCCCCUGUUCGGGUACCUUGUGUGAUACGAGACAUGGUCAGCAGGAGGGUUCUAGUGAUGGAAUACAUUGACGGCAUACCCAUUUUGAAGCUAGGAGAUGAAAUGGAAAAGAGAGGCAUACAUCCUGAUGGCAAGUUAGCGGCAGCUGCAAAAGUGAACAUCCUUAAAAAUCUGUCACUUGCUUAUGGACAAAUGAUACUCAAGAGUGGUUUCUUCCAUGCAGAUCCUCAUCCGGGUAACAUUCUGAUCUGUAAAGGCUCUGAGGUUGCAUUGCUUGAUUAUGGGCAAGUGAAGGAUCUACCUGAUGAACUGAGGCUUGGAUAUGCUAGGUUGGUUCUUGCAAUUGCCGAUAACAACCCAUUAAGGGCAUCAGAGAGCUACAGGGAUCUUGGUAUUGAGACCUUGAGCAAUUGCGAGGAUGAACAGAAUGAAAUGCUUAGGCUGGCGCAAACAAUGUUUGACACAAAAUUACCACCUGGAGUUACAAUGCUGCAACCUUUCGCUGAAGAAUCUUCAAUAAAAAAGAUUGCUGUUAAGGCUUUUCCAGAGGAACUGUUUUCUGUUCUCCGUACAGUGCACAUCCUGAGAGGACUUAGUGUUGGUCUGGGAAUUAAUUUUUCAUGUGCUGAGCAGUGGAGACCCAUUGCUGAAGAAGUUCUGUAUGUUGCAGGAAGACUUGCAGCUAAAGAUCUGAAGCAAAUACAUAGACGUGGAACUUCUAGAAGAAGAUUUUGGAGAUAAGCAUUUGGUGUAGGGAAAUGAUCAGUAUGAGCCUACCUGAAAACAUGGUAACUUUUGUAAUUUGUCAUAAUCAAAAUUGAUUCCCUUAGCUCCAUCCUUG